UAUCUCUCCAUCGCCGGUGACGGACAAAAAGAAAGCCAAGCGCGUGCUGGGGCGUCACGCGCGGGAGUGCAAAAAAGAUGCUGCUCCGCGGCACGGUCACCCGUGCAAGCGUUCUCUCGUUGUUAAGUAUGCUGUAUGCUGAUGUAUCCUCCCCGUUAAGGAGCCAUCUAGGUAGCUGCUCCUGUAAACUGUGAGCUUCUUCAUCCUCCUGCUUCGGCCGUCCUCACCCAGUCAAUCUGCAGAUCCAUCGGGCAGGGCACCUCAACUCCAAUGGAUUCGCUCCUACCUGGUGUGGACGGAGAACUCGGUCGUUCCCCGUCGUCAGAUGUGCCAUCCCACAGGAGGUCGAGUAACUCUUGUUAGAUCAAUGGGACAUCAGAACUUCAUGAGUAUAGAGUUACACCAGAUAAAUGCGACGACCCCGGAGUUCACACUCCAGCUAUUAGACCAUAUUACAAAUCAUUUUUCUGAGGAGAGCAUAAUUGGCCGUGGUGGGUCUGGAGUAGUUUACAAGGGUGUAUUGGACAACGGUGAAGAGAUUGCCAUGAAGAAGCUUCAUCAAAUGCAUGGGCUUGACGAGAAGCAAUUUACAAACGAAUUCAACAAUCUUAUGAGAGCCAAACAUAAAAAUAUUAUACGGUUAGUUGGCUACUGCUACUAUCUAGGACAUGAACGUGUAGAGCACAAAGGAAAAUAUGUUUUUGCUCAUGUGCAAGAAAGACUGCUCUGUUACGAAUAUUUGCCAGGUGGAAGUCUAGAUGAGCAUCUUUCUGAUGAAUCAUGCGGACUUGCCUGGGACACACGUUACCAAAUAAUAAAAGGUGUCUGCGAGGGUUUAAAAUUCCUUCAUAAAGGAUCCGAAGACCCUAUUUGCCAUUUGGACUUAAAACCAGCGAAUAUAUUGCUGGACAAAGAUAUGAUACCCAAAAUUGCAGAUUUUGGUUUGUCCAGACUCUUCGCUUCAGCACAGACCCAUAUCACAACGCAAAUUAUUGGAACACUUGGAUACAUGCCUCCUGAAUUCAUAGAAAGGGGCAAAAUCACACUGAAAUUUGACAUAUUCAGUCUGGGUGUUAUAAUUAUAAAAAUAAUAGCUGGGCCUGAUGGUUACUCCAAAUUUGCAGAUAUGCCUUCCGAAGAAUUCAGUAAGCUGGUACACGAAAACUGGGCAAAGAGGUUGCAUGAAACGAUGCAGUCACUUACAUCGCAAGAAAUAAAGACAUGCAUAGACAUCGCAUCAAGAUGUGUGGAGAGGGAUGAAGAGAAAAGGCCAUGUAUAAGCGAGAUUAUCAAUGAAUUGAAUAAGAUUGACAAUGGCAUUAUUAACGAACCGGAUAAGAAUUAUAGUGACAUUGUGGAUGAACAAGACAAGCUUAAUGUUCACCUUGUCGAUGAAGUGGAUAAGAUUGAUGGAUACAUAGUUGAUGAACAGGGCAAGAUUGACCCGGACAUUGUCGACAAACAAGAUAAGCUUAGUACUGCCAAAACUUCAACUACGAACCUGAUACCCGCGGACAGACUGGACUCGCUUUUUACCCCACGAUGCGUGUGGGUGAAUGGCCCUAUCAUCAUCGGCGCCGGCCCAUCAGGGCUCGCGGUGGCGGCCAGCCUCCGAGAGCAUGCCGUGCCAUUCGUCAUGCUCGAGCGAGAGGACUGCAUCGCCUCACUAUGCCGAAAGCGCACCUACGAUAGUCUGAAGGUUAACCACCCUAAGCAGUUUUGCGAGCUCCCGGGAAUGCCACUCCCGGAUCACUUCCCAGAGUACCUCACCCGCGCCCACUUCAUGGACUACCUCCAGCAGUACACCACCAAGUUCAACAUCAAGCCGAAUUUCAACAACACCGUCCUGUCCGCGCGCUUCGACGAGACCUCUGGCUUGUGGCGCGUGUGUGCACGGGGCGCAGAAACGGACGGCAAUGCCAAGAUGGAGUACAUCAGCCGCUGGCUGGUCGUGGCGACCGGCGCUGAGGCAGUCGUCCCUGACAUCCCGGGGCUAGCCGGUUUCUGUGGAGAGGUCACCCAUUCCAGCGACUACAGCUCCGGCAUUUCCUACAUCGGCAAGCGCGUGCUCGUGGUGGGCUCCGGCCAGUCCGGCAUGGAGGUGUCCGUCGACCUGUGCAACGGCGGCGCGGUCCCGUUCAUGGUGGUCAGGAAUGUGCUCGGCAUUGCCACGUUAUACCUCACCGUACUGCUCAUGUGGUGGCUCCCGCUCUGGCUCGUGGACAAGAUCAUGGCCCUCCUCGCCUGGAUAGUAUUCGCCGACCUCACCAGGCUUGGCGUCCGGACGCCGUCCGUCAACUCGCUCACGCUCAAGAAGACUGACGACUAUGGACGCGCCUGGCGCGCGACGGCCAGAAAGAUCAGGUCGGGUGAGAUCACCGUUGUCACUAGUGUGAGGCGCUUCACCAAGUCCGGCGCCGAGCUGUCCGAUGACAGCGUCGUCGACGUCGACGCCGUCAUUCUGGCCACUGGCUACCGCAGCAAUGUGACCCAGUGGUUCCAGGGCAACAAUUUAUUUGACGAGAACGGUUGGCCCAAGACCUCGGUCCCCGAUGGCUGGAAGGGUCACUCCGGGCUCUACUCCGUCGGCUUCUCCCGCCGCGGUCUCUUGGGCGCCUCUGCUGAUGCCGUGUGUGUCGCAAAAGACCUUGGGCACACGUGCAAAGAGGAAACGAAGCCGACGAGGAAGAUGGGUGCUUGUCACCGUAGAGCAAUUUCUGCCAUAUUUUAGUGCACCAAGAAGUGAUUGGAGCGAACAUCAACAAUUGUUUUUUUAGAUUAAAAAAAUGUUUUUACGGCACCAAAAACAUUUGUCUCCAACAGCUGUCCUAUAAAAGCAUCUACAGCCAGACAUAACAAAUAGGAAAAAGUCUGAAAAAGACCUUAAAUUCGUACUCCGAGUCUGAAUUAGACCCUGAACUUGAAUUCCCUGAAACUGUCACCCCGACCUCUCUGAUCCUGGCUAAUCCCGGCUGAUUUGCGCUUAAUGGUUGCUUGUGAGAACAGGAUCGCUUACGUGGCAAGGAUUAGGGGAAAUAAGAUGCCACGUAGUGACGAAAACAGGCCCCACAGUUAGUUCGUGGCCACGCGGGGAAAUAAACAGAGAAGGGGGGAAUAUUUGUAGGGUUCGUCGGCGGCUGCAAUCGGAGGAGGAGAGGUGGGCGGCGGCAUAAAUCGUUGAAGAGGCGGGCAGCGGCGUAAAUCUGAGAAGGAGAGGCGGGCGGCGGCGGGCAGCGAUGGCUUCGUCCUCCGGCGCGGCGUACUGGAGCGUAGGGCGCGGACGAAGGAGGGCAGCGCCUAGGUCGUCGCCGCUGCCUUAUUGGGAGAAUCCCAUAGCUUACGGACCGGCGAAGAACGGGUACUCGAGAAGAGGGCGGCCACUGGAUUUUUCCUUGUUCUGUACCAUUCUUGCGUCCAUGGAAAAGCAACUUCUUAUUGAUCUUCGAGAAAUGUAGAUGAACUUGAUGAUGGCCGGCAGUCAUGGCAGAGAUAUGUAGCAGAUGUUGCAACAAGACAUCAAUUUGAAGUGAUGAGGGAGAGAUGUGGAGCAACUGUUCGACUGAUUGAGAAAGGAGACGAGUUUAUUAGGGCGAUCAGUGAAUGUAAUGGCCUAGUGCCAUACGACAGUGAAUGUAGUGUGAGCUUUUGUAACACUGAAUUAGCAAGUGACUGGAGGUUGUAUUGCAUUUGACAUCUUUUUGUAAGACCAACUAGCAGAAUAUGGCACUUGUAGCAUGGAAUUUGAGAUCAGGUUAUAAAUCAGUGAACUUUUGGUUGCAUUCGCA